AUGGCUUUUAGAAAUCCAAUUUAUCAAUUGUCUAAUACAGAAGACUUAAAUUUAGACAUCAUCAAUGCCCCGAGCUUAGAGAAUCGCCGCCGGAGCAGCGCUACGUUGGCUGUUUGCACUACGGAGGACUCAAAAUUCUUACCCUCGAAACGGCUGCUUCGAAGGCGCCGCCAUGUACCUCGUUGGAUUAGUGACAGUUUUCGAACGUGUUUGCCCAAGUCAUCCGGCAAUUUGAAGGAACAGGCGGUAGAUGAACAGGAUGACAACAAUAAUACGGCGAAAUCAAGCAAAGACAGACCCCCUCAACAUUCUACACUCCCACUACAAUCCAAGCUUCAACCGUCGUUGGACCGGAAUCCGUGUAGAAAUGGACAAGCCGAUGAAGCACUACGGAAUAAACGCAUCGGCAUCGCUGAACCGUCCAACUACUGGCACGGGAUCAUUGAAGAGACUUAUGAUGAACAUCAUCAGCGCCAACGGAACCUCCAUCUUAUACCCGAGAACUGGCAGGAUGUAAAUUUGAAAAAUGGUCUCGUUGCCAUCAUUGACCUUGCUACCGAUCACCUGCAGUGCUCCAAGUUAAUUAUUUAUGUUGAUAAGCAUCUGCCUAAUCUGCCCUACCUCGUCAAGAGUUUCCACUGGGUGGGUUUCGAACCGAUUGCCCAUCCUAAUUGUGUCGACCACGCCGUUUUCGGUAUGGAUCUCUAG